AUGCGCCGCUUCGACAAGCUCAAGAAAUCUCUGCCUUUUCUUGCGCAUUUCCAUGUUUACAAAAAGCUGGGCAGUAGCAUGCAGUCUGAAGAGGGAACAGAAUGGCUGCUGGAACUUCUCAUGGAGGUACAGCUGCAACAGUACUUCCUGCGUAUCCGUGACGACCUUAACGUCACGCGCCUCUCACACUUCGACUACGUGAAAAACGAGGACCUGGAGAAGAUUGGUAUGGGCCGACCCGGACAGAGACGGCUGUGGGAGGCAGUGAAGCGCAAGAAAGCGAUGUGUAAGCGCAAGUCCUGGAUGAGUAAGGUGUUCAGUGGGAAGAGGCCAGAAAGCGAUUUCCAGCCCCAGCCUGCCACCACCUUCCGGAAGCUGUCUCCCACACCUCCCCCACUGGAGGGCCAGCAGGCACUCACCUGCCUGAUCAGUGAGAAGGACCUGGCGCUGUGUGAGAAACUGGGGGACGGCUCCUUUGGUGUAGUCAAACGUGGCGAGUGGUUAACUCCCAGUGGGAAAGUGAUCAACGUGGCAGUGAAGUGUCUGAAGACGGACGUGUUGAACCAGCCCGAUGCUCUGGAUGACUUUAUUAGAGAAGUCAACGCUAUGCACUCACUGGACCACCAGAACCUCAUACGCCUCUACGGGGUUGUCCUCACACACCCAAUGAAGAUGGUGACAGAGUUGGCACCGCUGGGGUCUAUGUUGGACCGUUUGAGGAAAAACCAGGGUCAUUUCCUCAUCUCCACGCUCUGCCUGUACGCCAUUCAGAUAGCCAAUGGCAUGGCCUACCUGGAGUCAAAACGCUUCAUCCACAGAGACCUAGCCGCUCGCAACAUCCUGCUGGCCUCCAACGACCUGGUUAAGAUCGGAGACUUCGGCCUUAUGAGAGCGCUGCCCAAAAAUGACGACCACUAUGUCAUGCAAGAGCACCGCAAAGUCCCUUUUGCAUGGUGCGCGCCAGAGAGCCUGAAGACGCGCACAUUUUCUCAUGCCACAGAUACCUGGAUGUUUGGUGUGACUCUGUGGGAAAUGUGCACCUAUGGCCAAGAGCCAUGGCUGGGCCUCAAUGGGAGCCAGAUCCUUCAUAAGAUUGAUAAAGAGGGGGAGAGGUUGCCUAAACCAGAGGACUGUCCUCAGGACAUUUAUAAUGUCAUGCUGCAGUGCUGGGCUCAGAAACCAGAUGACCGACCCACGUUUGUGGCUCUACGCGAGUUCCUGGUGGAGACCAUGCCCACAGACAUGAGGGCCCUGCAGGACUUUGAUGAGCCAGACAAACUACAGAUCCAGAUGAACGAUGUCAUCACCAUCAUCGAGGGCAGGGCAGAGAACUACUGGUGGCGAGGACAGAACAAGCGGACGCUGAAGGUCGGCCAGUUCCCCAGGAACACGGUGACGUCGGUGGCGGGUCUGUCCGCCCACGACAUCAGCCGUCCGCUCAAGAACAGCUUCAUCCACACCGGCCACGGAGACACCAACCCUCAUCGCUGCUGGGGUUUUCCUGACAAAAUUGACGAUCUUUACCUGGGAAAUCCCAUGGACCCGCCGGAUGUGCUUGGCUUGGAUUUAAAUGCUGCUAGGCCUACUCAACUUCCUGGACGGGCGAAAAAGCCGUGCUAUGACCCCGUUACUGAAGAUGAGGACUUGACGUCUGCAGGAACGAGGAGAUUGUCUUUAAAGAGACCCAGCGUGAAAGGCCUGAAGCUCAAACCAUCUGCCUGGGUCUCAGCCACCAAACUGGGCGAUCGCCCCCUUUACAGCCCCAGGACUCCCGGGGGAAGCACCCCUACUGAGGUCUCUCUCAUAGACUUUGGCGAGGAAGUCCCUUCCUCCACACCCUCCCCUUCCCCCGUCGUGGACGCCCAGAUUCCCAGUUUAGCUAAACUGGCUCUAGAAGCCGAGUCACUCUUAGACAGAACUCCUCCCCAGAGUCCCUCUCGUUCCCUCCCCCGACCUCUACACCCCACACCGGUGGUGGACUGGGACGCCCGACCUCUGCCCCCACCUCCAGCCUACGAUGACGUUGCUCAGGACGAGGACGACUUUGAGGUGAGCUCCAUCAACAGCAUGGAACGCCCUGCUGCCGACGAACCUGCCCCUCCCUCGGCGCUGCCCUGCACCCCAACAGAGGACCAGGACAAACCUCGAGUGGAGGACAACCUCUUCCUUCCGUGCCGACAGGGCCGGACCUCCACCUACAACCAGUCGGCCGAGAUAUUCCAGGAGCUUCAGCAGGAGUGCAUGCGACGCCUCAACGUCCCGGUGGGUACGACGAGUCCCGGCCUGGACGUGCACCGCCAGAUUGUGCUUUCCCUCUCCGAGGACAAACCGCAGAUACCCCCGCGUGUGCCCAUCCCGCCCCGGCCGGCCAAGCGAUCUCCGGCCGGCGAGUACGCCCGCUGGUCCGGUGAACUUUCCCAAGCCUCGGGAGGUGAGGAGGAGAAGGACCGGCCCCCGCAGAUUCCCCCAAGAGAUCCCCUCUCCCGGCCAGGUUCACGCACGCCCAGUCCAAUGGGCCUUCACGUGGGUUCUCCACAGACACGUGGCAGCCUGGCAGGCUCCUACGGUUCCACCUACCUCUCCACUUCGCCGGGCAAACUCAUGCCCACGACCCAGAGCUUUGCCUCCGACCCCAAAUAUGCUGCGCCCAAGGUCAUCCAGGCACAGGGCAAAGACAAAGAACCAACCAAGGGUCCUUGCAUCCUGCCCAUUGUCCGAGACGGAAAGAAAGUCAGCAACACGCACUACUACCUCCUGCCCGAGCGGCCGCCCUACCUGGACCGCUAUGACAAGUUCUUCCGAGAGGCGGAUAGCGGAGAGGAACGCCGACAGAUCAACACGGCGACCGUCAGGCCCAUGGUGCAUCAGCAGGGUGACCUGAAAGCUAACUUUUCCACCAAUAACAACAGUAGCUUGACGGGGCCUGGGGGAAGGGGGGCACUGAAGUGCUCGUUAAGCCUUCCCAGAGUGAGUGUGGAUGGGACGGGAGCCAGUACCUGCGACAGGGUGAGACUGGUUCAGGAGGCGGUGCAUGGCGUGACAAUCGAGGAGUGUCAGACAGCUUUGCAGAACCAUGGGUGGAAUGUGCAGAAAGCAGUGAAUUACCUAAAGGUGGAGCAGCUCUUCUGUUUGGGUCUAAAGAGCAGGGUGGAAUGUCUUAAGAUUCUGGAAAUGUUUGACUGGAACCUGGAGCUGGCCAGCACUCAGCUCUUAGACUCUUAUGGUCCAGUGAAGCAACGGCGAUGACAGCAUUCGGGAGGAAACCAAGAACAGAAGCUUGUCUUCCCAUCCAUUUGAGAACCUCAAGUAUUCUCUGCAUGGAGCGUUAGGGUUGGCAGAGCAAGUCCGUCCAGAAACAUCCAAU